UAGUGGUUAAUUACCUUCUAUAUAUUAAAUUACCUUCAUUUGGUAACAUUGCGGUUGUCAAGGUAACAGAAGCUUUUAAAUUUUUCCUAAUGGCUGCCAAUAUUGACGAAGACAAGGUGUUUCGCACAAAUAACCGUUUGUGCUAUUUUUCUAAUAACGGAGCACAUCUGGCGGUUGCGUUCCAGUCGAAUCUGCUUAUAAAAGAUGCCAAGACCUUCGACACCCGUCAUUCGUUUAUAUUCGCGGACGUGAUACAGUGUAUGGAAUGGUCUCCAAACAGUGAGUACAUUUUAUGCGCAAAUAUAAGGAAAGCCAUUAUUCAGGUAUAUUCAGUGCAUCAUCCACAGUGGAAAUGUAAACUCAUAGAAGGCAGCGCAGGUUUGCAAAGUGUUGCUUGGUCCCCGGAUAGCAAGUGUAUUCUUACCACAGCUGAUUUUAAUAUUCAGAUAUCUAUUUGGAACUUGCAAGACCAGACUGUAUGGUAUAUACAAAAUUUAAAAACAUCAGCUUUUGACAAAUUAUGUUUUAGUCCCAGUGGUAUAAGGUUAGCUGUAAUAGUAACAGAAGAAAACAAAAAUACAGUAGAGAUUUAUAAAACGGAUAGUUGGAAGAUAAGUCGGAAACUGAUCUGCGACCGUUUGCGCAGCAUCGACGGGAUCCGCUGGUCACCGAACGACGAAUUAUUGUGCAUUUGGUGUUCCUCUACCGCUGAGCCGAAACUGAUCGUUUAUUCCACCGUAUGGGAGAGACAUGUGGUUGCGUUUUCUCCGUUGGAAAUUGCACAGUCGACCGCGCACAGCUCUGAACGGAAAUUAAAGGGAAUCGAAAGUAUCGAAUGGAUCCCCAGCGGACAAUUGUUAGCUGUAAUUGGAUUUAACGAAGUGAUCGUGCUUCUUAAUUACGUUACAUGGACGCCAUUAUCGCAAUUGUAUUUAGAUCCAGUGAUCAGAGAUUGUAAUUACUUGACAAAAGUAUACAAAGAGUGCACCGAUUCGGGAAAUAACCCGAACAAAUGUAUCGUCUCUUGCAACGAGCGUGUUCUCCGUGAAAUACACGAACGUCCUAUAUACAUAGAAAUUGGGAAAAAAGACAGCAGCGAUAAUUUCUCAGUGGCGAAGGUUAAUCUGCUUGAAUUCAGCACCUGCGGACAAUAUUUGGCUGUGAAGCACGAGUUGUAUCCUACCACGUUGUGGAUAUGGGACAUUUUUACGGACUAUCUUGAUUAUUUGCAACUUGAAAAUCCCGUUACAGCCAUCAAGUGGAGUCCCAUCCGCCCACAAUUACUAGUGUUCUCCGAGCGUACAGCACGUGUGUACGAAUGGAGCCGAAAAGGCGCGAGAAUUUUGCCAAUGUCCAAGUACACGUCGGUCAUAGACGCUCAUUGGCAUCCCACUGGAGACAAAGUUGCAUUGUGUGGUUAUAACAAGGCGAUGAUUUAUGAAAUUACGGAUAUACCUUAGCUGGUAAUGAUCAUCUUAAAUAUAGAUCGCGCUUGUAUACCUUGGUUAUAUGAUAUUACAGAAUAUUCUUUCCUA